AUGAUGUGGUCCAACUUCCUCAUGCAAGAAGAGGACCGGCGUUGCGCGGCUGCCGGCCGGCGGCGCGGGCAACAAGGCCCCGGGCUGACCCCAGAGCGUGAGGGGAAGAUCAAGUUGGCGUUGCUCCUGACCGCCGUGGGCGCCACGCUGGCUGUGCUGGCCGUGGGCACCGAGUUCUGGGUGGAACUCAACACCUACAAGGUCAACGGGAGUGCGGUCUGCGACGCCGCUCACCUAGGCUUGUGGAAGAUGUGUACGAAGCGCCUGUGGCAAGCUGACGUGCCCACGGGCAGGGACACCUGUGGCCCCGCCGAGUUACCCGGAGAAGCAAACUGCACCUACUUUAAAUUCUUCACCACGGGCCAGAACGCACGCAUCUUCCAGAGAACCACAAAGAAAGAGAUGAAUCUGGCGGCUGCCGUGAUAGCAGUGGUGGGCCUGGCAGUGGUGGCUCUAGGAUGCCUCUGUAUCAUCAUGGUGCUCAGCAAAGGGGCAGAAUUCCUGCUCCGAGUUGGAGCUGUCUGCUUUGGCCUCUCAGGCCUGCUACUUCUGGUGAGCAUGGAGGUGUUCCGGCAUUCCAUUCAAGCCCUACUUGCAAGAGUCAGCCCAGAACCUCCGCUGGCCCCAGCCCUGGUCUAUGAAUACUCCUGGUCUCUGGGCUGUGGUGUGGCGGCCAGCCUGGUCCUGAUGUUGGGGGGUGGCUGUUUCCUGCUGCUCACCCUGCCUCCCUGGCCCUGGGGGCCCCUCUGUCCCAAACGGGGACCUGGGGGCACCUAG